AUGUUAUUAGCUUGGACUGCUUUCGGUGUUGGUGUUAGAGCCUUGCAAAUGGGUAUCAGACAGGCCCCAUUACUCCAUGCCCCAAUGGGUUUUGUCUAUUCUGCGGCUUUCACUACGGGUGUUGGUUACUUCUUUGAUCAAUGGGUUGAAAACAACAAUGAGCUUUUGGAAUUAAGAUUAGCUAAGCUCAAGAAGAUCAGGGAAGAGUCUGCUUAA